GGCCCGCGAGGCUCGUCGCAGACAACGCGGCGGCGAUGUCCGCGAGCCAAGCGGGAGCCGCGGCGGCAGCGGCGGGGCCUCGUGCACGGCAGGGCGGCCUGGGCUUCGGCCUCCCUCCGGUUCCUAGGAAGCGGGCCGACGGCCAGCGCGGGAGCAUCAACGGCAGAGACGGAGGCUCGGGCGCGUCUCUCUCCUCCCCUUGAGCCUGAGCCGGGGGAGGCCAGGCGGCCCGAGUGGCUGGAGGCGGGGUCCGCUGCCCGAGAAUGGGAAUUCUCUUCACCAGGAUAUGGAGACUGUUCAAUCCCCAGGAGCACAAAGUCAUCAUUGUCGGGCUGCAUAAUGCAGGAAAAACUACCAUCCUUUACCAAUUUUCUAUGAAUGAAGUCGUACAUACGUCCCCAACAAUAGGAAGUAAUGUAGAAGAGAUAGUGAUUAAUAAUACACGUUUUCUAAUGUGGGAUAUUGGUGGCCAAGAAUCUCUUCGUUCUUCGUGGAACACUUACUAUACUAACACAGAGUUUGUAAUAGUUGUUGUGGACAGUACAGACAGAGAAAGGAUUUCUGUAACUAGAGAAGAACUCUAUAAAAUGUUAGCCCAUGAGGACCUAAGGAAAGCUGGAUUACUGAUUUUUGCUAAUAAACAAGAUGUUAAAGAAUGCAUGACUGUCGCAGAAAUCUCCCAGUUUUUGCAACUAACUUCUAUUAAAGAUCACCAAUGGCAUAUCCAGGCAUGCUGUGCCCUUACUGGCGAGGGAUUAUGCCAAGGACUUGAAUGGAUGAUGUCACGACUUAAGAUUAGAUGAUCUCUACUGACCUCUCUCAUAGACUUUGUAUAAAGGAAGUGCUGGACUUUACGUGAAAGCUGCAGAAAUGAAUGGUUUAGAUAUAUUUAUAAUAAACUGAUUUAAACAUUUAAACUUUUUCUAUAAGAAGAAAAAUUAAGACCACUUAUUUGAAAACAAAGAUUGUC